AUGUACAGCGAAGGUAAAAAUUUAAAACAUUCCAAAUUUGUUGUUACACAAAGACGACGUACAACACGUGCUGAACGUAUGGCAAGUUAUAUGAAUGACGAUGAAAAAAAGAAAGAAAUUGCAAGCAAAAAAAAGGCGGAUGAAAUGAAAAUAUCAAAGGAUGAAAGUGGCAAUACAACAAAAUCUAGCAAAAGUAAGCAAUCAAAAAAACAGCGUGAGAAGGCUGGUAGUUCGCCUGAUAGUGAAGAUCAUUCAACUUAUUUUGAGUCAAGUGAUAAUAGAAGCAUCGCAAGUUCUAAUGACAAAAAUAGCAACGAAAGUGAUUAUAGCAACGAAACAGAUCAAAGCUCACUGUCAACAUCAAGUAUAGAUGAAUCAGAGGAACUGAAGGAUAAAUGA